AUGGCGCAGCCCUUCUCCCUCGCCGCCUGCGACGUGGUGGGCUUCGACCUGGACCACACGCUGUGCCGCUACAACCUGCCCGAGAGCGCCCCGCUCAUUUACCACAGCUUUGCUCAGUUCCUGGUCAAGGAGAAAGGAUAUGACAAGGAAUUGCUCACUGUGACUCCAGAGGACUGGGACUUCUGUUGCAAAGGCUUGGCAUUGGAUCUGGAAGAUGGAAACUUCAUUAAACUUGCAGAUAAUGGCACCGUCCUCAGGGCUAGCCACGGCACCAGAAUGCUGGCCCCCGAGGAGCUGGCCAAGGAGUACGGCGGGAAGGAGUGGAAGUACUUCAUGCCCGACACUGGGAUGGCUUUCCGGUCAGGAAAGUAUUAUUUUUAUGAUAAUUACUUUGACCUGCCAGGAGCUCUUCUAUGUGCCAGAGUGGUGGACUUGUUGACAAAGAACAAUGGUCAGAAAGCAUUUGAUUUUUGGAAGGAUAUAGUUGCUGGUAUACAACACAAUUAUAAGAUGUCAGCUUUUAAGGAAAACUGUGGACUAUAUUUCCCAGAAAUAAAAAGAGACCCCGGCAAGUAUUUACACAGUUGUCCCGAGUCUGUAAAGACAUGGCUUCGACGGCUAAAGAAUGCUGGGAAGAUUCUUGUGUUAAUCACCAGUUCUCACAGUGACUACUGCAGGCUUCUCUGCAACCAUAUCCUGGGGAAUGAUUUUGCCGAUCUUUUUGACAUUGUGAUUACAAAUGCAUUGAAGCCUGGUUUCUUCUCCCAUUUACCAAGUCAGAGGCCUUUCCGGACACUCGAGAACGACGAGGAGCAGGAAGCACUGCCGUCUCUGGAUAAACCUGGCUGGUACUCCCAGGGGAACGCUGUCCACCUGUAUGAACUGCUGAAGAAAAUGACCGGCAAACCUGAACCCAAGGUCGUGUACUUUGGCGACAGCAUGCAUUCGGAUAUUUUCCCAGCCCGCCAUUAUAGCAACUGGGAGACAGUCCUCAUCCUGGAGGAGCUCAAGGGGGACAGAGACUGGAAGCCUGAGGAAGCAGAGCCCCUGGAGAAGAAAGGGAAGUAUGAGGGACAAAAGGGAAAGCCUCUAUAUUCAUUAUCUAAAAAAUGGGGCUCUUUUUUUACUGAUUCCAUUUCGGGCCUGGAAAAUACAGAAGACUCUUCGAUUUCUACGUGGUCCUGUAAAAGAAUCAGCACUUACAGCACCAUUGCAAUUCCAAGUAUCGAAGCAAUAGCAGAAUUACCCCUGGACCACAAAUUUACAAGAUUCUCUUCAGACGGUUCAAAAACAGCUGGCUACUAUCCAAACCCUCCAUUGGCCUUAUCAAGCUUUGAAACAUUGACAAACAAAUAA